AUGCUGGCUGGUCUCUAUCGAGACCAGAUUUGGAACGCCGAUAAAAAGGCCAAAGCAGUUAAAGUUUCCGAAGGUCGCUCACAGAGACUUGAUAAACCAAGACUAUCUCAAUAUCAUCUAGAGGCACACCAUAAAGCGACUCCAUACCUAUAUACCCUAUAUUUCACCUUGGUCGACAAUCCAUUUUUUGGCUUUUACAACUCGAUCUCAGAAAGUCAAAUUCCACCUAAAGCAGCAAGAGACGCCACCAGGGAGCUUGACAGAAUCAAUAGCCGCCUAAUGGACAGGAACAUUGCCAAUGGUUUAGAUCUUGGCCUCGGUCAAAUCCAGUGGCAGUCCUUUGUUGAAAAGUGGAAAACAAUCCUUUUCGUGUUAAACACUCCCCAGCUCGGAGAACCGGAAACAAAACCACUGAUGCUCGCCCUCUCAGAUAUGUGCAAAGAAUACGACUAUCCAAACGCAUGGGCCAGUCUACCUCCUAGGGAGCCAGCAGAGACGCAUGGAGUUAACAAGAUAAAGACUGAGUAA